ACUCAUUUUACAUAAUAUGACUUCAAAAUCAUAUMGGAGCCAUAAGGAAUGYMRAUUGUUAGGGGUAAAUUUAAAGCUACCACUUGCGGGCCCAAACGUCGUUAUUAAGGGAAGAACUCRUCUGAAUCCAGGACAAUGCUGGGCCUUUGCAGAUUUCCCUGGACGUUUAUCGAUAGCGCUGUCCCACAAAGCCACCAUCACUCAUGUGUCUCUGGGUCAUAUUCCUAAAAGUAUAUCCCCAACCUCCUCAAUCUCUAGUGCUCCUAGAGAAUUUUCUGUCUAUGGGAAGAAGAAUUUAAAAGAGGAGAAGAGUCUUUUGGGAACUUUCAUUUAUGAUGAAAAUGGAGACCAAUUACAGACCUUCAAACUUCCUGCUGAGAACGUUGGCUCAUUUCACUAUGUGAAUCUASAGGUAAAKAGUAACUGGGGAAACCCUAAAUACACCUGCCUUUAUCAUUUCAAAGUGCAUGGAGAACUAGCUGUAUGAAGAUCACAAAAAGGAUGUAAGGGGUAAGAGCUGUUGCCUUGAAGAAAAGAAGGUCAGAGAUAGUAAAAGUGGCAUGUGUGGGUUCUCUCCGGGUACUCUGGCUUCCUCCCUCUGUAAAACCAUCACUGUUAGGUUGAUUGGCCCAUCCAAAUUUUCCUUAGAUUUUCCUAAGGAGCUGUACUAUGGCGCAGUUGUUAGAGCUGUUGCCUUGAAGAAAAGUAGUUCAGAGAUAGUAAAAGUGGCAUGCGUGGGUUCUCUCCGGGUACUCCGGCUUCCUCCCACAGUAAAACCAUCCCUGUUAAUUUGCCUGUCCAAAUUCUCCUUACUUAUAAGUGUGUGCUGCAUGGUUGUUUGUCCUGCGUGUCACUGUGUUGCCCUGGGAUGGAUUGGCAACCUCUACAAUUCAAUGUUGUGAAUUUAAGUUGUAAAUAUAUGUUUUUUCCACCAUUUAAAAUGAAAACAUUGACACUUUUACAUAAUCUGUUUCAUUUAACACAAACUGUUUGAGAGCAUUAACAUAUUCAAACAUAAGCUCUGAAAACAGUACGGCAGCACUACUUUCCUACAUGUCCCUUUUUUAACAUGUGUAAUGUAAAAUAAUAUUGUAACUAAAUCUGUCUUCUUUCAGAGAUUUGCUGACAUGAUUGUGUUUUUUUUAUUUUUGCCCUCUUGAAGCCAGCCAGCCUCGGCAGAUGGCUGCUCAUCCUGAGCCUGGUUCUGCUGGAGGUUUCUCCCUUUUAAAGGGAGUUUUCCUCUCCACUGUUGCCUUGUGCUUGCUCAGGAUGGGGGAAUCCCUUGGAUUAAACAUCCAUCGCGAUCUGCUGGUGACCCCUCCGCAGAAUCGCCACCUUAACGUGGUGGAGGGGUUUGAGUAUCCCUAUGAACCAGAUGGAGAUUUUGUCUUGGGGYUCAGCCAKUAGUGAGGCUUCCCAAGGCAGGUUGCCAUUGGGGAGGGAUCAGACUAAGAGCGAUUCAAGRUUUUCAAUGAAGGAAGACCAAARGGAUCAGGUGUUUCUAGGA